CACUGAUGACGAUAUAACGCGCGCCGGGUCAGAACCCCCGCUUGGGCUUGGGCUUGGGCUGGACCCGGUGCCCAGCUGGCCACAGGCUGAGCAGGAUGAAUGGAAGGCUUUCAUUUUUGUAAGUUGGAGUGAAUUCAGAGUUUUUCCUGAAAAAGUGAGAAAAAAGUUUCUUAGGAUGUUGUGACGUUUGCCGCUGUUCCAAUCAUGUUGCUGUGGUGUUGCCCUGGGAGAACGCCUUGAUGGAUAAUUGACCAUUCAGUGAUGGGCUGUGGGACUAGCAAGGUACUUCCUGAGCCUCCCAAGGAUGUUCAUUUGCAUCUUGUUAAAAAAGUUGAGCCAUACUCUGGGUACAAAAAUGACAUCUAUAAACACUUCAUCAAGGAUGAUGGUGGCGAAGCCAUCAAGGCCACCAUUCCUUCUCCUCCCCGUCACACCAACCCUUAUGCCAGUGGCUGCUCUCCCACACACCUUGAUCAGACGGAGCCCCGCAAGAACAGAGUGGCUAAGUACCGUGCCAAAUUUGACCCCAGAGUGACCGCCAAGUAUGACAUCAAGGCCCUGAUUGGUCGAGGCAGCUUCAGCCGUGUGGUGCGAGUGGAGCACAAGGCCACCAAGCAACCGUUCGCAAUCAAGAUGAUUGAGACCAAGUACCGGGAAGGGAGGGAAGUGUGCGAGUCGGAGCUGUGCGUGUUGCGUCGCGUGCGGCACACCAACAUCAUCCAACUCAUCGAAGUGUUCGAGAGUCAGGAGCGCGUCUACAUGGUGAUGGAACUGGCCACUGGAGGGGAGCUGUUUGACCGAAUCAUCGCCAAAGGUUCCUUCACAGAAAGGGAUGCUACCCGAGUGCUGCAGAUGGUAUUGGACGGGGUUAAAUAUUUACAUACGUUGGGGAUAACUCACAGGGACUUAAAGCCGGAGAACUUGCUGUACUAUCACCCAGGAAUGGAUUCUAAAAUAAUGAUCACAGACUUUGGGCUGGCGAGCGCCCGGAAGAAGGGAGAUGACUGCCUGAUGAAGACCACGUGUGGAACGCCAGAGUAUAUUGCUCCAGAGAUCUUGGUCAGAAAACCUUAUACUAACUCAGUAGACAUGUGGGCCUUGGGGGUGAUCUCCUACAUCCUCCUAAGUGGGACGAUGCCUUUCGAGGAUGACAACCGGACCCGUUUGUACCGACAGAUUCUGAAAGGAAAGUACAGUUACUCAGGGGAGCCGUGGCCAAGCGUGUCCAAUCUGGCGAAGGAUUUCAUCGACCGCCUGCUGACAGUGGACCCUGGUGACCGGCUGACGGCCCUCCAAGCCUUAAAGCACCCCUGGGUGGUCAGCAUGGCUGCUUCCUCUUCCAUGAAGAACCUGCACCGUUCCAUCUCUCAGAACCUCCUCAAGAGGGCAUCAUCUCGUUGCCAGAGCACCAAGUCGGCCCAGUCCACCCGCUCCAGCCGGUCUACCAAAUCCAACAAGUCUCGGCGUGUGCGGGAGCGGGAGCUGCGGGAGCUGAACUUGCGCUACCAACAGCAGUACAACGGCUGACCGUUUCACAGGAGGUUGCCGGGAUUUUUAUGUUUUAUCAAAUGUGUCAUGUGCUGUGUCUGUUAAGCAGGAGGAGCCCUAGACACCCGCCGGCUUUCCACUUCCCUCUCCCAAAGAGCAGCCUCCAUGGCCACGCUCCUGCCUCAAAGGAACUGGGUCUUUCGGAACCCUGCAGUAUCCUCGCUGCUGCCAGAAGGAAGCCCACCUCACCUGUGUCAGUCACAGUGUCUUUUCCCCCAUAUGGGACAAAUGGAAAAGUCCCCUUCUUGGACAGGCCUUGGAAGAAGCCCAAAGCUCAUUGCCAGAAAUCCUGAAGCCACACAGAGAGGAGAGAGCCUGUCCUCGACCGAGGAUUCUUGCUGCUUCUAACUAUUUAUUGAUUCCAAAUGGUUAAAAACCAGCAUUGGUUGCCAAUGGGGUCUGGUGGAUGACUGACUGGUUUAUGGUCUCUCUCAAGUCAGGGUCCAAAGAGUUCCCUGUAUAUGAGGGUUCUAGGUAUCUCUCUGUGCUCAGAGUUGCCCUUUUUGUUUUCUUCUAGCUGCAGCCACUCACACUGUGUUGAAUGGUGUUGCAGAAGUUGCCAUAAUAUCAGGGGGGAAGUGCACAGGACUGUGGUAGGGAUGGAACUUGGGGGCUGAAAAUCCAGGUAUCCUCUUGAAACUGUUUGUGCACAGCCUUAUAGUCCUGGCCUGUGUUUCUAAGCAUCACGGUUUACUGCUUUCCAGUCACCUCACAGUAAAAUGGGGGCCACCCCCUUUUUGAGAUCACCUGGGGAGAGUCAAAGACUCCUCUGCUGUUUUUGCCCUGGCACAUCGUGGGCCAAAGAAACUGAUAUCCUUUAACCACACCAGUCUUAAUUGGGUAGAAAGGGAUGCGUUUUGUCUCUCCCUCUUUCCCCCUAUGCAUUUUACAGCAUUUAUGUCAGUCUCUGUUUUAUUGUCCCAUUCAAUGCUGGGUGGGAUGAAUGUGAAGCAAAAUGCAGUCCUGUCUCCAGGUCUGACUCACCUGAAGCCGUGUGUGUGACUCAGUCACCUCACUGCAAGAGACAGAAGAAGCCCACCCACCCCCAGUCACAAUGAAGGCAUGAAAAAUAUAUUCUUUUCACUAAAGGCUUGUGUUGAACACAUGAGGUGCUUCACAUAUCUCCUGUUCCCACCUCUACAGUUGGGCUAUUGGGGUGCUGACAGCGGACCUUGGGAAUCUCAUGGUUUAAAGGGUCCCCAGAAUAAUCCAUGCAACUACUCCCUCCCCUCCCCAUUGAUUAUAACCCCUUGGUUUUAACACACAUAAUCAGCCAUGGGUGGCUUAUGGCAGGGAUGUCUUUUGAACCAAGUAACAUGGAUGGCCCAGGCUCUCCCAAUCUUGUCAGGUCAUGGAAGCUAAACUAGGUUGACUCUUGUUAGUACAUGGAUGGAAGACCUCCAAGGAAGUCCAGGGUUGCUGUGUGGAGGGAGUCAGUGGCUAACCACUUCGGUUUGUCUCUUGCCUUGAAGAAACUCAGGAGGGUUGCUGCAAGUCAGUUUCAACUUGAUGGCGCUUUCCACAUGCAGUAUGAAACAAUCCAGAUGGGUUCCAGUGCGGAAACCUUGCCCCAUAACAUAGCAGCAAAUCUCACCUUCAUGUAAGAAAAAGUUACAUUCUGUCCUCAGGCAUAAUAAUUGGUUAGACCUCCAGCAUGAUGCAAAACUCACGCACUGUUCCCUUCCCUGCCCCAUGGACUUAAACAUUUGUUCCACCUUAAGGAACAACUGAGCAUCUCCUGGCUUUGUGCUCAUACCUGCAGAGUUCAGUGAGUGGCAUUGGUGGUCUUAGUUGGAGCUCUCUGCCUUACUUCCGACGGACUGCAACAACACCAUUUCUCAAACCAGUUUGCCUAUAGCUGUUCUGCUACAUAGGUUGUGGUAGUAGGGGCCUUAUACUUGAACGCUGUUAAGUUGUACUAUUGCUGACCAAGACUCUUCCUGUUGCGUUGCACAGUGACUCAGCAGAAAGUCUUGGGAGAGUGCCUGGCGGAAGCCUCUGGGGUUAGCUCCUCUAUGCUCCCAAUAUGCAUUGUUCUCCAUGAAAGUGAGACGGGUGUGCAGGUCUAGCUGUGGUUUGGGGAUUCUCCAUUAGCAAAUAGGCAUGUAAAAAGGGCUUUGCGUUCUUGUGUUCAAAGAAAGUUUUAGUGUUCUGAUACAAUGGGACUGCUUCAUCUCCUUAGUGUGGCAACAGGGUCGGAGGCGCAUUGUGCCAAAACUGGUAAGCCAGGGUGACAUCUAGUGGUUCAGGAUACACUUGCUCUUUUGUGUAGACAGGCUGUUAUUCAGCUUCAAGUCUUGCAACAUGAUUGAAGGUUUGUUUGCAA